UUGGCCAAUGAGGAGCGUUAUUAUACACGUGGUCCUGUCCAUGUGGGAAGUUGCUAGCGCUUCCUGCUAGCUGAAGUAAAAACAUGCUCCGUCGAGAGGUGAGGUUGAGACGAGAGUAUUUGUUCAGGAAGGCACAAGAGGACCGACUAAGAACAAUCGAAGAGAAAAAACAGAAGCUCAAGGGGGCUCUCGAUGAUAACCUUGUUCUACCAACGGAGGUGCGCAAAGAGGCACUGCAGCUGCAGAAACUUCUGGAGUAUGAUGAUGAAGGUGCAGAAGGUGUCAGCUCACACAUGGAUGAUGAGUACAAAUGGGCUGGAGUUGAAGAUCCUAAAAUCAUGGUCACCACUUCCAGAGAUCCCAGUUCCAGACUCAAAAUGUUUGCUAAGGAGGUCAAGCUGAUGUUCCCUGGAGCUCAGCGCAUGAACAGAGGAAACCAUGAAAUCGCUACACUGGUUCGAGCCUGUAAAGCCAACAACGUUACAGACCUUGUUAUUAUUCAUGAGACCAGAGGACGGCCAGAUGGCUUAGUGGUGUGCCACCUGCCAUUUGGACCGACUGCAUAUUUCACACUUUAUAAUGUGGUGAUGAGGCACGAUGUCCCGGACAUAGGCACCAUGUCCGAGGCCUACCCCCAUCUCAUUUUUCACAACUUCACCUCACGGCUCGGCAAGCGGGUGUCCAAUAUCCUCAAGUAUCUUUUUCCAGUGCCCAAGGAGGACAGUCGGCGUGUCAUCACUUUUGCCAACCAAGAGGACUUUAUCUCUUUUAGACAUCACACGUACAAGAAAAAAGACCACAAGAACAUCGAGCUGACAGAAGUGGGGCCGAGGUUUGAAAUGAAGUUAUACAUGAUCAAACUGGGCACCCUGGAAAAUGAGGACACGGCAGAUGUGGAAUGGCGACACCACCCUUAUACACACACAUCCAAGAAAAGAAGGUUCCUCAGUGUUCAAUAGGCUCAUCAAUAUUUACCAUAUUUGGAAAAAGUUUGACGGUGUGUACAGUAACUAUUGAGUGCAUUUAUUCAGUCAAGUUUUAUGCACUUUGCAUUGACUACCAUAAAAGAAACUAUAAAUCUCACACACAGAUGCUCCCGAUGAGUUUUAUGUAGUGUGCUGGAGUUGUUUUCAAUAAAAUAACAAAUCUGUACAGA